UCCGCGGCUGGUCGAACAAGUGUGUUUUGUUCAUCACGAAAUUCACACGCGUACGCAGAUUUCCUCUCGUUUUGAUACGCGAAAUUCAAUAUUUUGUUUUAUUAAGUCCAAACAGCAGGAAGAGAUUUGAAAACUUAAGCAAAAGUGCGAGUGUCGUCAACGCUAUCAUCACCGUUCGCUAGCAGUACGGAAAAGUGGCCACAAUCGGUUCGGGUUGAACCUUGGCGGGGGGAUUUUACUGUCGAAUGAAUGAUCGCUAAUUUGAUUCACCCUCGGAAAGAGGGUGUUGUUUCUUUGCUGUCGUCGUCGUCGUCGCUGUGGCUUUCGGGUCCAAUAAAGAAGGAAACUUGCAGUGAUUUUGGGAAUCCACUCGACUCUGCAGGCCAGCAGCAGCUGCUGCUGGUGGUGGUUGGCAUUCGCAUAUAUUAAAAUUUUAUGCGCAAAAAUAUCGGUGUUGAUGUUAUUUAAAUUCGUGCAGCCAUAAAAUAGUUUAUUUGGUAAAUGCUUUUGAAUGGUUGUCCGAUCCGAGAUCCACGCGAUGAAGGUGUGUUUCGGGUUUGGCUUGGUGUAGACAGUGUUUAUUAUACGACCGAAAGGUUGGAAUUCCGACUGGGAAGCGCAGAGUCUGAUCUGCUCGAUCUUCUCGGUAAUAUCAUAAUCCUCGCCGUCGUCGUCGUCGUCAUUUUUUUUUCUAUGAACAACUGAGCAGCGUGUGUUGUGUUGUGAAAGAAUUUCUAGCACUUUGUUGGUGUUGGUGACAAGAGUAAAUAAAUAAUAGGAAAAGAGUCUUUCCGUGUGCGCGCGCGAGAGAGAAGUGGUUUGUUUACACUAUAUAGGGGUAAGUGUAUAGAAAAAUAAGCGAAGAAAAGUGGAAAUUUGCCCUCCCUUCCACAACAAAACGACACAGGAAGAAGGCGGAGAAAGCCGGUGGGUGGUGCGGUGGCGUUCCUUUCCCAAGAAAAGGAUGGUGAUUUUUACUGGCCAACAUUUUUAAAGAACUCAACUUGAAACCAUAGGGAUGGACGCCUCCCGAGGACACUUUUUAAAUAAUCACGAAAUGGCACGCGACUCCACGAUGGGACGGGACCGGGUUCUGGUGAUGCCCAGCACCGGCAUCGCACUGGAUACACCCUCGACAUCACAACCGGCGGCUGGACCGACUGACAUCAACCAACAGAUACUGGAGCUCCGCAAGGAACAGGAGAUGCAGAAGCAAAAACUUUGGCAUGCCUUCCAGGAGAAGAACAAGGAGCUCGAGAUGCAGCACCGGCAGCAGCUGGAGCACAAAUUCCAGCUUGCGGCCUAUCACACUACUGGCUACAUCUUCCAGGAACUGCGCGAUCAGCGGCUGGCCGAGGAAGCCGCCCAGCAGCGCGAGCGCCGCGAGCGGGAGGCAAUGAAGCGCAAGGAGAAGCAGGACUUCAGCGCCAACGCAAGCUCCGAGGUCAAGCAAAAACUACAGACCUUCCUAAUACAGAAAAAGCAAGCAGCAGCCUCCAAUGGUAUGAGCUCACCGUCCUCCUAUCGGAAUUGGGGUGUCGUUAAGUCCUCCUCUGGUGAAUCGAUACCGGCCGGAGCGGUGUCAGCCAGUUCCCAUCCAUACAAAAUUCCACCACCACCGCCAUCGUCUAUCGCCAAAUACGAUUCGGACUUCCCGCUGAGGAAAACAGCUUCCGAGUCCAAUUUGCUGAAGAUUCGCAUCAAGCAGCGCGUCAUCGAGAAGCGGGCCAUGACCGGUCCGCUGGCAGCACGCCGACAGGAGCGUCUUCAGCAGGCCGCCCAGCGACGGCUGCAGAAGCAGUCGCAGGCGCAACAGCAGCAGCAGCAGCAGCACGCCCAACAGCAGGCCCAACAUUCCCAGUUGUCGCAUCACGCGCUGUCCUCGAUGGCCGCACAUCCAGCAAACUGCUCCAGCGGAACACCGGAUUCGGGUCCUAACUCGCCCCCGGCACUGGGAAGCCGUGGCUCCCCCUCGAAUGCCCCCAUCCAAGAGGAGAACGAAGACCCACAGUAUCGUUCCAGCAUCAACGAUUUGGCACUGUUUAGCUCGCCCUCGAUGCCGAACAUCUCGCUGGGUCGGCCGCAUCUUUCGGAUGCGCACUCCGCGAAUCAUAUCGCAAUGGUUCCAUUGCGACCACCGCACCCACUAGUGGCAGCCGGUCCGCCACCACAACCACCUACACUUUCGCAUCAUCAUCCACCGUUACCUUCGCAUUUCGUGAAUCAUCCCUCGAUGCUAACCGAGCAGCAGUUGCAGGCGGCUGCUGUCGCGGCGGCCGCAGCAGCUGCAGCCGCCAGUGGUCUCUCGAUCAAUCCAAUGGGAGGAAUUAACGCGGGUGUACCGACGGUCUACGGUCACCCAAUCACCGAUGCCCAAGUAGCGCAGGCCCGCCUACACAAGCAAGGCCAUCGACCGCUAGGUCGAACCCAAUCCGCUCCCCUUCCCCUCGGGCAUCCGAUGCUAACCGGAGCGCCAGGAUCGGUGGUCAACAUCGGACAAACUCAUUACGAGAACAGUGACGCUGAACGACAGGCAUACGAGCAGCAUCUGCUGAUGAAGCAAAAAAUCCGCCAGGCAGCGCUGAGCCGCGCCAACUGUGUCCGGGAGCCGCAGCUCAAGGAGGAAGUCGAAUCCGGCGAGGUAAUCGAUUUAACGGAUAAAAAGCAACCCCCCAAGACAACGGUAAUUACCUCAAACAGCGUAAUCAAGAGCACCUCCCACACGACACUGCUACGCGAUUCAGCCGAAAGCUUACAGCAGCAGCAUGUCGAAUUUCUCCAGGCGCAACAGCGCGAGUUAGCGCUGAUGCAGCAGUCGAUACAAAUCGGCAUGCUUGAAGAUCCGUACAAUCGCCCUCUGCUGCGGCCGCUUUCCCGAACAUCCUCCAGCCCUUUGGUUCACCUUGGAACGCCGGCCAGCAGUAACCACCCGGUUGCAUUAUCCGACACCGGUCAAGACGACAUUCCACCCCCGGUCAAUCUCACCGUUCAAAACCGUAGCCGUUCGAUGCUGAGCUACACCAAUGAAGGACUCACCAGUCCAGGUCCGCUGCAGCUAACCACUUCAACGUCUGCCUCGGCUAUUCCCGUCCGUCUGGUGCAACAAAAUGGCAAACUGACGACCGGUUUAGCCUUCGACAGUCUCAUGUUGAAGCACUCGUGCGUUUGCGGUGACAAUGCAGCCCAUCCGGAGCACAGUGGCCGCUUGCAGAGUGUCUGGGCAAGACUGGUCGAAACCGGACUGGCAUCCCGCUGUGACAAACUCCGUUCGCGCAAAGCUACCCAGGAAGAACUGCAAACUGUGCACAACGAAGCGCAUUCCCUCCUCUUUGGUACAAAUCAGAUCAACCGUCAGAAGAUGGACGCCAGCCGGGUCAGUUUCGUGCGUCUAGCAUGCGGUGGCGUUGGAGUCGACUUGGACACCACCUGGAACGAGCAUCACACGGCAGCUGCUGCACGUAUGGCGGCCGGUUGCGUGAUAGAUCUUGCCUACAAGGUGGCUAAAAGUGAAAUUCAGAACGCCUUUGCUGUCGUCCGUCCACCUGGUCACCACGCGGAACCGAAUGCUGCUAUGGGUUUUUGCUUCUUCAACUCAAUAGCGAUCGCUGGCAAACUACUGCUACAGAGACUUCCGGAUGAGAUGCGACGCAUUUUAAUCGUCGACUGGGAUGUUCAUCAUGGUAACGGAACGCAGCAGGUAUUCUACGAUGACCCGAACGUGUUGUAUUUAUCGAUCCAUCGGCAUGAUGAUGGGAACUUUUUCCCUGGUACCGGUGGUCCAACCGAAUGUGGAGCCGGAGCAGGACUGGGCUUUAAUGUGAAUAUUCCCUGGUCGGGUGGACUAAAUCCUCCCCUUGGCGAUGCCGAAUAUCUGGCAGCCUUCCGGACCGUAGUGAUGCCAAUUGCGCGCGAUUUUCAACCCGAUAUAGUGCUGGUGUCGGCCGGCUUCGACGCUGCCUUUGGCCAUCCAGCUCCGCUGGGUGGCUAUAUGGUUUCUCCGGCCUGUUUUGGCUAUUUGACCCGGGAACUGAUGAAGUUGGCCAAUGGAAAGGUGGUAUUGGCACUAGAGGGAGGAUACGAUCUGCCGGCGAUCUGUGAUUCCGCACAGGAAUGCGUACGCGCUCUGCUCGGCGAUGAGCUGUCGCCGAUUGCGGCGGCCGAACUGUCGAGGCCACCUUGCCAGUCGGCAAUCGAAACCCUGCAGAAAACCAUUGCCAUCCAGAUGACGCACUGGCCUUGCGUGAAGCGGCUGGCUCAUACGGUUAGUUUUUCCGCGAUGCAGGCCGUCAGUGGAGCCGAUCGGGAAGAAUCGGACACGGUUACGGCGAUGGCUGGACUGUCGAUGCAACCGCCCAAUAGAACGUCAGACAUCUCCCGAGAGGACUCGGAGGAGCCGAUGGAUCAGGACGAGUCAAAGUAGAGAAGUGGCCGCAGCCUGAUGAACAAUUUUGUGGAGUUCUUCCUCCGUCCUCGUGAAGAAGAAAAAAAGCCGUACCUACGCUAGCCUAGCCGGGCCUGUCCACCAAGCACAGACAGACAGACAGACAGGCAAGAACCGGUUUUUUACAUCGCACUACUUGGUAAUGUCAUUAUACUUGGUGUCAAAAACAAAAACUGGUGGUAGUCGAAAGGCCGACUGGCCGGGAAGGCGAGAGCCGCAGCGGGGAAGAACCGGGAUAGAACGAUUCGUUUUUGUUUUCUAUCGACACACCCACACACAUUUUAGACAUACAUACAUUGAAAGAUAAAUGUAAUGAUAUUUGCAUGCAACAACUGAACUAGGCAAUGUUAAUCGAACAAAUCGAACGCCGCUGGCGACCGAUUUUUUUUAAAGUGAUUAGAUACACAACAAAUUUAAAGAGCUAAAGAGAAAGAAGGAUACAGAGAGAGCAGGUACGACGUUAUUUAUAAAGAACUGAGUUUAUUUUCUAGCAUAUUUUUGGUAGAACGUGUCGUGUGCCAGUUUGGAGAAAAUAGGCAAGAAACGGUUUUGUAACAAAACAAACAUUAUUCAGGGAAACACGCGUUUGUGCAGUAGAAAAUUCCGAUUCGGAGUUUAUUUUGUCAUAGAAAUUUUUAAAAUGGAUAAAGAAGAUAAAAAAAACAUAGAUCCUCUUAGCGUGAGACAGAAGAGCAUUCGAAUGGUAGACGCUUGGCAACAAGUUUUUUUUCGAGGACUGGUUUGGAUUUCAAUCUGAAAUUCAAAAAGUUGGAGGACACCGACUUUUUUUCCUGCUUUUUGUAGUUUGUGAAGUUUCAACUGCUCCGAUCCGAUCUGAGAAUGAUGGAACACUUAAACUAAGCUGGUUCGAUGAACGGAAAAGCACUGUGUUAGCAAAGUAACUUGUUGUAGAGUAUGUUUUGAAGCUGCGAAAAAAUCCUCUCUUAGUUUGUCAUCUUUCUCAUCGUUAGCUGUGUCACACUGUGAGAUGUAUUAAGAAGAAGUAAAAAAACGAAUGUUGCUAUUUGUUAAUCUUUGUGAGUGUAAAGGCAACCUCGAUGGAAACUGUUUGUUCUAAACCACUAUUCAACAAUUGAAUAUAAAAAAAAAACAGGAAAAAAACUAGUUGAACGUAACAAAAAAAUGAAUUCUUAUUAACAAGAGAUAAAGAAAGUACGUUUGUUUUACAAAAUGCGAAUAAAAUGGUAAUUACAAAGUAAUUUUUAUAGAGAAAAAAAAACUAACUACUUGUACAGAUAGAGAGUAGCCCUAAAAAGUCAGAAUAUUUAGCUUUGUUGGGGCAAACAUAUUUCCUAUAUAUUUCUAAUCAGAGUUUGGAUCAUCCUUUUUUUUGCGGAUAUUUUCUAUAUCGAAACCACGAGAGUUACCCAGUUAUGAUUCUUCCAUGCCCUUUUUGCUGCUCUAGGUGCGAUAAGUAAUGUCGCUGAUUUGGACGAACUUUUAACGGGUUAUGUUCGAGAGGGGAAAAAGUGUCAAGCUUGUUUUUAUAUGCUUCCGAGUUAAAAUAAAAAUGAAAGAAUGUUAGAAUAUACUAAGCCAUCGUCCCUUUUAGCAACAUUACUUAUCAAGCAUCUUUUGAGAGAAAACACAUGUCACACGUUACUGAUAGUUUAAACAAAAUGCGAAAAACUUAAAAAAUCUAUACAGUCUCAGAAGAUUUUGCUCAACCCAAUCAAUAAAUAUUAUGCUUCGCCCUGAGUCAUGCAAGGAUGCUUCAAAUUAACGACAAAUUAAAGCUAACAUUUAAAAAUCCACACGAAUAGAACGUUAUAACUGCUGCCAUCAAACAAUAAUCUAGAAAAAAAGGAAUCCAAGACCCAUUAAAAAAAUCAACUGAAUGUCACAGGAAAAAAUUGAAAAAAAAACACGUGUGUUUUUAGCUACCGCGCAAGCAAACAGUAACUAAAAAAAGACAACUGAAUGUGCAAGAAAAAAAAAUAAGGCAAAACCUAAAUUUCAACAGAGAAAAAAUAUUUAUAGCGAAUAUUAGGAGAAGAAAAAAAGAAGAUACCGACGCGAAUAAGGAAACAAUUUUUAACAGUUUAUCUUUAAUCAAUGUUGAGUGACCUUAAUGUAUACCAACGAAAACAAAUACAAACUUAAAAAAAAAAAAAACAAAAGAUAAGUAAAAAGCAGAUUUAGAAAAGAACACAGAAUUUAUAAGCUUUCAAACAACGGAGAAGAAGGAGGGAGGAGAAAAGAUACAACACAAUGUUAGAACAUUUGAUCGUUUAGAAAUAUUUGAACAGAUUUUUGCCAAUAUUGUUAUCGCAAAAGCACACACUGACACACACACAUAUUUGGAAGGCAACAAACACACACACAAAGUCGCGUGCGAGAAAAAAAAACAGACAAUCGACUCGAAAGAUCCGUUUUUAUUGAGAACCCUUUAAAAGUUUAUCGUCCCCAAAAUCUUAUUGUUAUUUUUUCUGAGUCACGAUUGUACUUUAAAACUACUACAGUAAACCCGAUAAAGACCGAUUCUGCUAGAGAAUUUAUUUGUGCGGGUGUUUAGUUGCGUACUAAAACAACUGAAUCCUAAAUCAUUUUGUACUAAAACCUUCGGCUUGCCAAAGGGAAAAAACCAAGAACAACAAAAAAACCAAUAGUUUGUAGAGAAAUAGUGAUUUGUCAAGUGCUGGACACUUUUUUCUUCUUGUUUCUUGGAAUUACACCAACACAUACACAGACACACGCAAUUGUGCAGGAAAAUUAAUCGAAGAAACUCGCAGCCAAGCUACGAAAGCUGUGAGAUGUGAUAUUGUUUUUCUUACAACUGUUUUAAGCGAAGAAAAUUUGCAUUUGUACUUUUCCAUCCCCUUAGGUAUUUUUUUUUGUUGGUUUUAGAAUCAUGCCACUUCCACACACUUAUUUCCGUUUUUUUUCCACUAAAUCGAAAAGUAGCUUUAUUGAAACACACUUCGAAGUCACGAACACUCACCCAAGCAGAGGAGAACAGGAACAAAAUACCCUUCACUGUCUGUUGCAGAUAGGAGGAGGAGAAACAUUUGAUGAAACGAACGAAUACGCUUUUGUUGUACUAAGUAAAAUAAAAGAAAACAAAACGAAAGAGAAAAAAAAGAAACCUCAAACAAAAUCCAAACUCAUAUUUAGCAAACAAACAAACAAAACGAAAAACAAAAAAGAAAGCGAAGAAAAUACACUUUUGGAUCUAUUAUAGGUGUAAGGAAUUUAAAGAAAGUAAGCCAGAAUUAAAGAUUCAAACAUUCCUCUUUUAAAGAAAGUAAUUUAUAUAUAUAAAGAAAAACACAAAGAAAGGGAGAAAAAUAAUCGCGAGAGAAAGGGUACACCUUGUACGAAUGUUUAUUUUUAGUUAACUCACUGUCUAAGUUUAAGCAAUGUUAUUGAAACAGAAGAAGAGGAAAAAACUACGACAAUAAGUUGUAAAUAGUUGAAAACCCUGUGGGCUUUCUUCUCGGUAGAGUGGUUCGACUUUUGAUUACGAAAAAAAAAACAGAUUGCUUCCGUCGUCGUCGUCCGCGGUUUUGUGAAAUGAGGCUCAACCUGGAAUUAUUAUUACUCUAGCAUCCUAAGUCAGUGUUGUUCUUGUUUCCGCGGCACUUGCUCUCGUGUUUACCUCCCGUGUGAAGUUCCGGGGGCCCUUCAACUCCAACCUUGGGGGCCCCCGCUCGAACUUCCCUAGUGAGGAAAAAGCUAACAAACCAAAGCGAUUGUCUGGUAAGCCUCAUUCGAAUAAGCAAGAAAAAUCGUACGUUACAAACGUUUGCCAUAAAAGCUGCGGGCCACUCUACCGUGCUCGCUUUCCUUCCUUAUGUUAAACUAAUGGUACUCCUUUCAUUACUAUUAUUAUUAUUAUAUUAUUAUUAUUAUUACCAUUAUUAUUAUUUAGCUAUAUAGAGCGUUCAAUUUUAUUCAACUGUUGCUGUUUAUAUUUUUUGUACUAAAACGAUUGAAGCAGAGUUUAUUUUGUUUUCGAAACAAAACACUCCUCCAAUAGGAAAAAGAAAACAACUCUCACCCCCUAAACACAAACACACAUACACACUCAAAGAGUGACGUCAGACAUUCAGACAUCAGAAUUAGCUAGUUAAAUUUUUACCGGGGAGAGCUUGGCCGCUCUCCUGUGAACGAGUGCAAAAACCGAAACCGAAGUAGUGAAGCGAGUAGGAAAAGAGUAAAGUUCUAUUUAACAGCAGAAGAAAAAAAACGAAAACUAUGUGCAACUAGUUAGGAUAUAGGCUAAAAAAGUGGAAACACGAACGUAGAAGCAUGAGAUGGUAUAUUUUUCUGGCAGAAACUAAAUUUUGUACUGUACUGUGUACUGUUGAAAAAACAAAAAUUGAAAGCCCAAACAAACCCUUUGCCGCUACACACGAUCACCAUCCGACAUCAUUUUGUGAAGGCCGUGUCGAAAUACGUACUAACCGUAGGAGAACAAAGAGAAGAAGAUGAAAAAACCGCCCAAUCUUGCUGUACUAAUGACCUGUUCUGUAACAUGACGAAAAACUACUAAAAACGAUUAAGCACAACCUAAAAACCAAAAUGGGGCGCAAAAAAUGGAAAAAGAGAGAAAGUAGAGGCUAGAACGAAUCAGAUUUCAAAUCUUGCAGGAAGUUGCACUCAAGAAGAAAAAACUCUGGUGGAGAAGAGAAACCACUCAGACGAACAUACAAGAAUUUUGCAAAUCCAACAACAGAAAAACAGUCUCAGAAAAACAAACCGAGGAGUAAAAAAAAAUCAGCCAGAGGAGACAAACAUAACAUGAUCGUUUUGUGUUACACGGAAAUUAAUAAAUAAGCGAAAAAACAGAA